GCCCGUGGAUCCGCGGAGCGCCGUAUCAGUCCGAGCCCCGUCCAAUAUGUGACAGGGUAGAAUUCAAGCGUAAAAUACACCCGACUCCCUGGCGGGUUUGAAAUUCGACGACUUUUUGGCAACCGUUCGUAAUGUGACGCAUGCAGGCACGUCUUUGUUGGAGGAGUGUUAUCUGGUGCUCGUGAUUGUAUUUGUUUACUAAUACAAGACGUAUAUCCAUUAGGAUUAUCAUAAAAAUAUCAGCUCCAACGGAUUGCUACUCAACACCGGUGCCACGUACUACGUAUUUCUUUCGUUCAUAGUUAGUUGUAACUGAAUUCAUACAAACAUGUUUACUAUGAGAAAGCUGCUACGUUUGGCUGUGAAUCAAUCAACGGAAGAAUGGUCAAGCUUUUGCAGUGGUAAGCUGAAACCAUUGUUCUUAACUCAGUUCUGUAACUUAAGAUGGCAGACCACUGCAUCAACCGUCACAUCGAGUCGCCCUAAAGACCAAUCUAGUCGCGAUGAAGCAAAUUACAAGGCCCGUGUGGACCUGGCUACAACAUACAGAGCGUUAGAAUUUUUUGAUAUGGGCGAGGGCAUCUGUAACCAUUUGACUCUUAGAGCGCCAUCUCGCGUCAGAGAAGAAGAUGUGAUGCUACUCAUCCCAUACGGAAUGCACUGGAAAGAGGUGACUGCGUCGGGCUUACUGGGAAUGGAUUUCUUCACCGGAGAAGUUAUAGAGGGCGAUGGAGAGCCGAAUAUCUCUGCCUCCUGCAUACACAGACCAAUCCAUAAUGCACGUUAUCCAAUAGAUGGGAUGACAGCAGUAUUGCACACACACCAACCUUACACUACAACCAUCGCUUGCAUGAAGGACCCUGAACCGUUCAAGAUUGGCCUGAGUCAGAACAGCAUGCGUUUUCUGAACAAGAUCGCGUAUGACAUGCAGUACGACGGGUUUGCAAACGUUUCUGAUGAAGGCGAGAGGCUAGCCAAGGUAUUAGGAGACAAGGACCUCCUCUUAAUGGGACAGCACGGAGUCUUAGCAGUAGCCAAGAGAGCAUGCGAUGCAUUUGAUAAUUUGUAUUAUCUCGAAAGAGCGGCCCAGAUACAGGUUCUUCUAAUGUCUUCUGGGGCCCAAGGAAUGACCGCACCUCCUGAAGUCAUAAAAUCCGUAGCUGACGAUGACUGCUACGAGCAUAACGCAUCAGCAUUUUUUGAAAGCAUGAAGAGAAUUCUGGCCAACGAAAAACCAAAUUUAAUGGAUUAAAAAGAUGUGUUUCGUUUUCUCAUGAUGGGGAAUAACUGUGGAAGCGCAAUGAGAUGUUAUCCAUACACAAAC